AUGGUCAACGUUAUCCCUCAGCACUAUACGCAGUCGCCGUCUUCGUUCACCGCGACUCCGUCUUUGACAAUCAAUCAUGAGGCAACCCAGGAUCUUGACUCCACCAAUGCCUUUGAGGGCCCUGAGAAGCUCUUGGAGGUCUGGUUUGCCGCUUCCCCAAAGGAUUUAGGCUCCUCGAACACUCUCGGUUUGAAGGCGGUUUCGGAGGAGAUUUGGAAGGAGAUGCUGGACAUUGUCAAUUGCCAGGUGCUGUCCAUCGUCUCGUCCGAGGAUGUGGAUGCCUAUCUCCUGUCGGAGUCCAGCAUGUUCGUCUGGCCGCAUAAGUUGAUCCUGAAGACUUGCGGCACCACCACUCUGUUGUCAGGACUGCCCCGCAUUCUCGAAAUUGCGGCUAUGCACGGUGGAUUCCCCAAGUCUACUGCUCCUCCGUCCCGUGGAAUCACCGUUGCGGCAGCUCCGUACCGCGUCUUCUACAGCCGCAAGAACUUUCUCUUCCCCGACCGUCAGCGUGGGCCUCACCGCAGCUGGAGAGAUGAAGUUCGCUCCAUGGACAAGCUUUUCUUGAACGGCAGCGCCUACAUGAUCGGCAAAAUGAACGGCGAGCACUGGUAUCUGUACCUCACUGAGCCCAACACUCUGCUCACUCCCCCUGCCACUCCGACGGCGGAUUCGGACGAUGAAGAAACCGAGACCAAGUUCAUUCAGCUUCCCGAUCGGUCUGACUUGGGCGUCGGUGCCGAGGACGGGGCUUCAGACGAGACUCUUGAGGUUUUGAUGACAGACUUGGAGGAGGGAAACGCUAAGCAGUUCUACCUGGACCAUGCUACUGGUGUUGCCGAGAAACGGUACUGCAACUUUGAUUCCCACAAGGAAGACCACGUGGACGUGUUCAGCAAUGGAUCCGACAUUGAAGUGGACGAUGUUUCAUCCACCCAGGGUAGCGGGAUCUUGCCUGCAGAACUCACCACUGAGGGCCACGCUCUUGGCACCGUAGUCUCCGAGUCCUGCGGAUUAUCGGACGUUUACCCGAAGGACAAGUUCCCUGAGUCGCGCAUUGAUGCCUAUCUUUUCACCCCAUGCGGGUUCUCUGCCAACGGCGUGAUUCCUGCACCUGACGGUGGCACCAAGGGCACCCACUACUUUACUGUCCAUGUGACACCUGAGCCUCACUGCUCGUAUGCGUCUUUUGAGACCAACGUGCCGCACUCGCAGAAUGGCCAGACUACUGCAGGAAUCAUCCAGCAAGUUGUGAACAUAUUCAAGCCUGGUCGGUUCACUGUGACGGUCUUUGAAGCGAAACCCGGAGUGGAAGGCGACUGGGACAACAAUAAGGAGGCCCGAUAUAUCGAACGACAGGCAGCCCGUCGAAUGCCCAAGGGCGAAAAUGUGGAGGGAUACAAGCGAGUCGAUCGCAUUGUGCAUGACCUUAACGGAUAUGACUUGGUGUUCCGUUACUAUGAACGCCUCGAUUGGAAGGGGGGGGCCCCUCGACUCGGCGAAGAGCACGUCUAG